UACAAUAAAAAGGGCCACAUUAGCCACACCAUCAUCACUCACUUGGCACGUGCUCCUCACACACACAACCCUCACCAACCUUAACGUUUUCUUCUUUCACAAUGAACAAAAAGGGCCACAUUAUUCACCAUGCCAAUCAACUCACAAGACCAACGUGCAUUGACGCCCCCCAAAAAUUUCCAUAUAAGGAUCAAGUCUCUAUAUUCCCAUCUAAUUAAUCACAUACCAUACAAAGAUAUUUCAUAAUUCAUAACCCAAUAUGGCUGAGCCACAAGGCGGUGGUGCUGAAGGAAGCAGGCGUAGAAGCACUAGUGCCGCAAGGCGUGGCGCGGCGGCGCCAACGCAAGAGGGAGCGCCGCCGCCAUCUCCGAGUAGUCCAUGCGGGGCUUGCAAGUUCUUGAGGAGGAAGUGUGUUGCAGGGUGCAUCUUUGCACCCCACUUUAGCUCGGACCAAGGUGCCGCUAAGUUUGCGGCGGUUCACAAGGUGUUUGGUGCUAGCAAUGUGUCGAAGCUUUUGUUGCAUGUUCCGGCACACCGCCGCAAUGAAGCGGUGGCGACUAUUUGUUACGAGGCUCAGGCAAGGCUAUCUGAUCCGGUUUAUGGUUGUGUGUCCACCAUUCUCUCUUUGCAACAACAGGUGGCAUCUUUGCAAGCAGAGGUGGCUAUGACUCAAACUCAAGUGAUGAAUGGAAGGAUUGCAUAUGCAAGUGUUCUUGACACCACCCAGCAGCAGCAGCAGCCGCAACAACAAGCACUACAGCAUCACCACCCAAACAUGAUGAUCAACAAUUUGGGGCUGUAUCCAGCAUUCUCAAACAGCUCAUCUGCCUCCACAACUAACCUUAUGAACAUCACCAACUUCAACCCUGCUACCGGUGGUUUCGACCUCUCAAUGGAGGCGGCAACAGCACCCUCAUCGUCUCACAGCAUUCAUCCACUUCAUCAUAAUAGCAAUUUCUCUCGCUUGUCUCAAUAUGAUGAUGAUGAUGAACAAGAAAGCAAGAUUCCUCCGGUCUUUAACCCUGAUCUGUAGUGGCUAUUUAUAUUCACCGUAAAAAACCAUCAGUUUUUGUUUAAUGUUUGGUCUUCCUUUGAUUUACUCUUUCUAUGACUCUGUCAGUUUCAAGUUUACAUGCGAAAGAAAAUUGAGUUUGGGGGUAUAGUUGGGGGAUUAAUAAAUGAUAAAUUUACCUAAA